CCACCAUCAAGCCCAUCUGAUCGAGGCGCAUGUGAUACGAAUCACGACACGGCUCCGACGCGCCCAUUCCCUUCCUCUCUUGUCUUAAAUGUACGAUGCUUAGCUUGUUUUCUCGGCGUUCAACAUCAAAUACAUCUUAUCCCAGUCGCCGCUUUAUCUCGACUCUCAUCCGUCCCCAAAGCCAUGCGACCCAUCCUCUCCGUGCUCGACCCUCUCGUCUCAGUCGUUCGGUGCUAAUCAAGCCUGCGGCGACCGCUCCUUAUCUGCUGCUUCCUGGCAUCGGUGCUGCCUCUUUUCACUCCACGCCAAGACGCGAUGGGGCUCCUCUCAUACCCCUUCUUGCGGUAUUGAAAACCUCGGCCGCAAUGGAAAUAAUACGAACCGCUGGUCGUAUAGUACUCACUGUCAUACCUGUAUUGGUAUUCAAGAAUAUUAAAACGCGACGUCAUCUCAAAAUCGCGGAACUUAAUGGUGUCCCUCUAUCAGAAGAAAAAGCCAAUACUCUAUUAAAGCAGAUACGCCAACGUACUUGGAUCUUCCACACGCUCUUUUUCAUUCCUGCCAUGCUCUUCUGGGCUACCAUCUUUGCCAGUCUGGAAAGGACACCGGUGACAGGGCGAUGGCGACUAAUCAUCCUGUCCCCCGAAGAGGAGGAAGACAUUGCGACGCAAUUAGCCGGCCCUGGCUGGUAUCAGGCGGUUAGCGAGAUUCUUUCGAACGACGGGCCGGCGCAUUUCAUACCUGCAUCCGACUGGCGAUAUGGCUGGAUUCGUGAUACGUUACGACAUCUCGAGAAGACGAUCCCCGUGCUCGUCAACGAGCAGGAAAUAUGCAAGGACUGGUAUCAGCACGACUCGGCGAAUCCGCAGCCGCCCCCUGCGGAAUACCCUCUGCGACCCAGACCACGGGCAUCAGAGUAUCUGCGCUGGUUUUGCGAGUGCAUGUGCAAUCGGCAAGUCGGGCCGGGUGCACAUUCCAUUCCAGGGCCCCCGUAUUCACUGCUCGUCGUCGACAAACCCGAAGCGUCCAAUGCCUUUUCGUACGGAUUCGGGCCUGACGGCAGUGGGGGGAUCGUCGUUUACUCUGGAUUCCUGGACGAAAUUCUCAGCCACACGUCAAAUGAUGACCCAGUUACACCACCCCCCAAGCCCUCGCCGUCCUUCCUUUCUAGUCUGCUUGGCUUGACGCCGCCUCCGGCUCCAUCUCACCCAGUUCCGACGCCGUCUCAAACGGCGGAGCUUGCCAUCCUUCUCUCGCACGAGCUGGCCCACCUCAUUCUUUCUCAUCACCUCGAAACGCUGUCUUCCGGAACCAUUAUCAUUCCUGGAGUCAUGUCAAUAGUAGCCGAUGUGAUUCGGGUGCUCAUCUUCCCAGUCACCAUGCUGUUUGGCCCGUUCGUCAAUGACGCCGUCGCGCAGUUGGGCAAGAUCGGCUCCGGCGAAUUGGAGAAGGUCGGGGAGUACUGUACAAGUGUCAAGCAAGAGAUUGAAGCAGAUGUGGUCUCUGCCAGAUUACUGGCCCAUGCGGGUUUCGAUGCCCGCCAGGCAGUGUCAUUCUGGGAGAACCGCUGCAAUGCCGAAUGCUCGUCGUCAGGCUCUGCGAAGCACGACCAUCCGUCCUCAUCCUUCGUGCACAAAAUCACGGGGUCCGGACAUCCUGUGAACGAGGUCCGGGUGAGCAAGCUCAGAGAGGAGCUGGUGCGAUGGGAAACGGAGCGGCGGGCUGAGUUGCACAAGAGGCUAUGCUCUAACCAGGCCACAAGCCACGUAAUGCUUUCGGCCGCAUAGGGCGUGCCUGCUUUGUGUAUUUUUUUCUGUACCGGUAUCAUUAUUAUACUUCAAGAUGUACUACUAGACUCGCACAUUCAUUACCACGCACCCCGUCUCUAGCACCGUCAAGUGAGAUGGGAUUGUUGUGUACUUAUGUAAUGAAUGAUACUCUAUCA